AUGAAGAGGGUGACGACGAAGAGGCGGAUGAGGGGGAUCGGCGCGCGGUGGACGGACGGAGGGAUGACGGCGAUGCGCUGUUUUCUUUGGAGCCUUGUUCUGUGCUCGCUCUCUUGGCGCGCGCAAGGCGGUUUAUCUCGGCUUUGCGAGAGAGGCAGCAAAUCUCCCCGUAAUUACAAUCUGAACAGCUCUGACAUUUCACCGAGGAUCCCCCAGGUUUACAGCCACGUAACAUAUACUCUGAUUAAAUGCUCUCGAAAAGAACAGAGUGGUUUCAUCUACACUUGUGGGGGUACGCUGAAAGGCCGAAAUGGCAGUAUAGAAUCGCCCGGUUUUCCCUACGGAUACCCCAAUGGGGCAAACUGCACCUGGGUCAUUGUUGGAGAAGAAAGAAGCAGAAUCCAGCUCAUCUUCUUGUCAUUUGCCAUAGAAGAAGAAUAUGACUUCCUGUCCCUCUAUGAUGGACACCCACACCCGGCUAACUUCAGGAGCAGGUUAACAGGUUUCCAAAUUCCCGCCCCGGUCACCAGCACAGGGAACGUCUUCUCUCUGAGGUUGACCAGUGACUUCGCCGUUUCUGCUCACGGUUUCAAACUCAGCUACGAAGAACUCCACAGUACAUCUUGUGGGAACCCCGGUGUCCCACCUAAAGCAGUCCUAAGUGGUGGCGGUCACUUUGCAGUAGGAGACAGCGUCCGGUACAGCUGCGUCCCUGGUUAUGUCUUAGACGGCCACGCCACGCUCACAUGCAUCACAAAUGCUGGAAACAUUGCUGUCUGGGACUUUCCUGCUCCUAUUUGUCGAGGAUCUUAUUACUGCGACUAUCCUUGGUGA